UGGUCCCUCCCAGCAGCCUCUUCUAUUCACAUCAUCCAUAAUAUGGAUAGAUAACAUCUAUUUCGGCCAGUGGCCAGAUAAAACAGAAUUCUUCUCAUCUAUGCAAUAGCCUAUUGAUUCGCCGGCUUCUGCAAUAAAAUAAAAUGCUGCCACCGUGUGGCUGGAGACACGCCCGGCAAGAUGGAAUGAGCAAGAAGGAGCAUCUUCUUAGAUUUCCCUCGGGGCAUUUGAGAUCCGAGGCAGCCGAAAUGGUUUCUCCAGACCUCGCCGGCGCCUCCUCAGAUUUUCUCUCUCCAGCGAAGCCCUCCCGUCUGUUGCCCCCAAGGGACAAACCGGGGAGCGAAAAGAGCAUUCUCUGGGUGUGAUAGUCCAGUGGGAUUUUAACCCCUUUUUCCUUUCGGUCUGGCAGAAACGGCGGCCGCAGAUCUUUCGGUGCAGGUGCGAGGUUUUUUCCUGGGUCCGGCCACGUUGCACGCAGGGUCUCGAUGCCAGCAGGAGAGAGAGCCCCUAGGCCUUGGCAUGGGAUGCAUCUGCAGGCAGGAAGGAGCCUCCUUCUAAAAUGGGGAAUAAGCAGACGAUAUUCACGGAUGAGCAACUAGAUGCCUAUCAGGAUUGCACCUUCUUCACACGAAAGGAGAUCCUUCGGUUGCACGGCCGCUAUCACGAACUGGCCCCAAACAUGGUUCCCAUGGAUUAUACCAAGAAUCCAGAUGUGAAGCUCCCUCUGCAGCUCAUUGAAAACAUGCCAGAGCUAAAGGAAAACCCUUUCAGGGAGAGAAUUGUCCACUCUUUUUCAGAGGACCCCGAGGGAAGCCUCAGCUUUAACGACUUCGUUGACAUGUUUUCUGUCCUUAGUGAAACGGCUCCCCGGGAGCUAAAAGCGAUCUAUGCCUUUAAGAUUUAUGAUUUUAAUACCGACAACUUUAUUUGCAAAUCUGACCUGGAGCAAACUCUGAACAAGUUGACAAAGGAGGAGCUGACGGAGGAGGAAGUCAGCCUGGUGUGCGAGAAGGUCAUCGAGGAAGCCGAUGUGGAUGGCGAUGGGAAGCUUGGAUUUUCCGACUUCGAAAACGUGAUUUCCAAAGCUCCAGAUUUUCUCAGCACCUUCCACAUACGAAUCUGAAGGCGGCGUCGGGGCUGAGCCACCGGAAGCGAAUUUGACCCCUGCCUUUCGAGCCUCGGG